UCCUUCGUUCCUCCCACUCCCGCCCUCGCACAGCUCCUCCUCCUCCGGCGCACGCCGCAUAGCGCCUCCUUCUCGGGCGCAUCCUCGGCAGACGGCAGCCCACUCCUGAGCUUCCUCCAACAGCAAGCAGCGCCUCCUUCGCCGCAGCUACUCCUCUCUCGGCAGCCUCCCACGGCCAGUGAGGGCUUCUUCCGCAGCAGCCUCCCACACCGGAAGGUCCAGAAAUGUUAUUGUAUAGUGCUAUUUAUGAGGGUGAACAAUCAUCACAUUUGAGGAAGUGACAAGCUAAGUAGAGGAAGAUGCUAAUUGUUGCAGCCAGGAUACUCACCUUUUUCUCAUCACUAUCAUCGUCAUCUUCGCCAUGAACGUCAAGCCGCAUAAUUUGUUUUGCCCUCCGUCUACCUCUUCUCCACUUCCAAGCCAAACCUUCAUAUUCCAUAUAGAGUGUCCAUAAUUUGUUUUCAACUGAAAAUUUAAUUCAACAGCCAUAGGCGUUAGCCCAGUGAGAUGUUAUAGAGAGGAAGAUGAGAAUUGCAUUUGGAGGGGCCCAGAAGGCUUUGGAACGAUGUCAUUUCCUCCAAGCUAGACAUUUCUGUAGCAGGAACAAUAACAAUUACAGUAGCAGCAAGAGCGGCAAAGAGGAUUGUGUCAGUGAAGAAGGGUCUAUGAGUAAGCAUGAAGCAUAUCGUCAGCUGGACAAGCUCAACUUUGCCACUGCAGCUAAGAUUCUUUUCACUGCUCCCCCACAGAAGAAGAAAUUUGGGAUUGAUUUCCAUCUGGUACAACUCUUCUUUGUGUGCAUGCCGUCACUGGCUGUGUAUUUAGUGGCUCAAUAUGCUCGUCAUGAAAUGAGAAGAAUGGAUGAGGAACUUGAGAAGAAGAAGCAGGCUGAGGAAGAAGAGAAAGCAAGAGAAGCAGAACUAAAUGCCGCUAAAGAAAAAGCAGGAUCGGAUGCGAACUUUUUGGAAGUAAAAGAGAGACUGGAUAAGCUGGAGGAAACUGUCAAAGAAAUCGUGGUUGAGUCAAAGAAACAAUCAAUUGGCAGCAUAAACAAAGAGCAGAAAGACGGUGGUGAGAAGAAACAUUCUGCAACAGUUGAAUCAAACAACGUCGAACAUAGACCAGAAGCAAGCAACUCUGCACCUGAAGACCACUGUGGUAAUCAAGAAUCUGAAUCACCGCAAGGCUUGGGCAACGAGAAGAUGAGUGGGGUGGCACCAACUACUGAUGCUUCCCAGCAGGAUCCAAAGGGGAAGACCAAAGAUGCGGGGCCUUCUUGAGAAGAUAUCGAAUGGGGGCAUGCAGUAUUUGUUCUAUAGUUGGUAAAUUGAGCCAUGCACUCUAUAUGCAGGAGACCCAUCUUUGUCAAGAAUCCAGCAGUAGUUGGCCAUAUCUCUCUCUCUCUCUCUCUCUCUCUCUCUCUCUCUCUAUAUAUAUAUAUAUAUAUAGACAAAAAUUACAUAGUUAUAGAGAUUUGGUUCAGUUUUGAUCACUGGCACUGCUUUCGACGAAUCUGGAUGUCAUUGCCAAUGAAUAUGGCUGGAUGACUGCCAAGUGAUGUAACAUUUUUCAUACUGCAUUUGGGAGCAUGGACUGCAAAUUAUAAUAUUGAAUUUGCAGUCUCUUGUGCAAUUUUUGAACUUCAAAUAAAUUUGUUAUUACAACUGUCCAAA